AUGGGGAUUCAGCCGCAGUGGUUGGAAUCGUGGUGGCCUGAGAGCGUGAAUGACGUGGCAUUUGUGGUGGAGGAUGACAUGGAGGUUUCGCCGCUGUUUUAUCGAUAUUUGAAAAGGCUUCUUGGAGUGUACUACUUCAACGCGUCCAAUUUCAACCCGAGCGUGUAUGGGGUCUCCUUUCAACGGCAGUUCUUCAUUGCGGGCUUCAGUAGUGGUCUUAACGUGUAUGACCCCUCCGACCCUUUCCUCCGGACCCCUUCCUCUACCAGCACGUGUAACCCAUCCCUCUCCUCUCCUCUCUGCAUCAGUGUUCCUUCCCUGUUUGUUCCCUCCCCAACCCCCCUCCCCUGCCUCCCCUCUUCCCCAGGCUUCAACAGCGGGCUGAACGUGUACGACCAUCCGGACCCCUUUCUCUACCAGCUAGUCGGCACAUGGGGCCAGUUCCUCCUCCCAGCCCCCUGGAAGCAGUUUCGCCUCUGGUACGACAUGCGCCGCUACAACUCCACCCGAGAACCCUCACUCGACGGGCUAAAAACCACAGUCUGGUUUAAAAAUAAGGGGAAUCGCCUCUGGACCCCCUGGAUUAUCAAGUGGGCGUAUGCCAAGGGUAUGUUCAAUCUUUACCCCUCGCCGCCCGGGAAUCUUUCGCUCUCGAUCUCGCACCGGGAGAAAGGGUCGAAUAUGCCGAAGAACCGGGGGGCCGAUGCCGCCCUUUUGACCCCCCAGAAGCUGGCUGCCGCCCUGGCUGCUGCGUCUUCAUCUGCUGCGUCUGGCUCAGCAGGAGGGGCGGCAGGGAGGGGUGCAGCUGGCGCUACAGCCGGAGGGGCGGCAGGGAGGGUUGUAGCAGGAGGGGCGGAUGUAGCAUGGGCGCGGUCGAUCAGGGCGUGGUGGGUUCGGCCUCUGCCGGUGCUCCGGAGGUUGGAGCGGCAUGAUCUAUGUUUCCGGCAGUUACGCUGGUUACCACCUGCGAAAACGCUGGAGGAGUUUCAUUCCCUGCUGAACGCUGUCGCUCCGGAGAAAUAUGUGUCUCUGAUUGUGGUGCCUUUUGACGGUCGAGAUCUCAUCAACAACUGGCUCUGCCACAUCGACGGCUCCGGCGUCUCCAACAUCAUCCUCAUCGUUCCAUGCGCCAGGCUGGCAGCUGAGCUGGCAGCACGUGGCUAUGCUGUCUUCUACCUGCCACCUGUCACCCGUCGCAGGAUCUUGCGACACCUGGAACGGAGCAAUGGUGCUGUCUCAGCAGCUGCAGGCGCUGGUGAUAGCAGUAGCAGUGGCAACAGCAGUAGCAGUAGCAGUAGCAGCAGCAAUGGGGGUACGGAUGAAGGUGGAACUAGUUUCGGGGGUAUAGGCACCAUCACCAGCAUUGGCAUUGACAGCCUGUUCUGGAAGGAUGAUCCAUCCUCAGAUGGCUAUACCUCCACCAGUGCAGCAGAAGAUGAGGAGGAUGGGGAGGGGGAUGGGGACAGUCUUUUUGGCCGCACGAGCAGCAGCGACAGCAGUGGGGAUGGUAAUGGUGACGGUUCAGGUAACCCUGUGGGUGUUACGGGCUAUGGAGGGGCGGAAGAGGAGGAGGAGGAUGAGCUCCUCGUUCCUCGUCGUGCGAUCCUCACCGUCGACCAUAGCUGCGUGGGGGCAGCUCGAAAAGUUUUGCACGCGGACCCCGCUGCUGACCAACGUGCUUGCGGGCAGCAUGGUGGUUAA